AGACGAAGAAGAAUCGUUUAACGCUUCCGGGUCACUCUGCUCAUGCUGUAAACAUAAACAUGAGGUUAAAACUAUCGUGUGUACACUAAAGUUGACCGUCACUGCAGCCUCACAAACCAUCGUCACUGUUCCGUGUUUGUUCCGGAUCAUAUCCGACCUUUCGCCGCUCCUGCUCGGUCAUGUUGUUCCUCCGGACUGCGGCUCUCAGCUGCAGAGCUCUGACCGCUCUGCGCUGCCUGCCCUCCGGCUUCACACUCUCCAGAACCACCGCCUCAUACAUCCAGGGCCAGAGCCCGGAGCCCCGUAUCCGAGAGUACUUCUACUACAUCGACCACCAAGGACAGGUGAGUGCAGACACGGUCACAUGAUAAAACCUUCAGAAGUAUGAGUUAGUUUGAUAGUUUUCUGAUGUAACAUGUUGAUGAUGUGUGUUUGCAUUUCAGCUUUUUCUCGAUGACACCAAAGUCAAGAACUUUGUCACCUGUUUCAAAGGUAAAAAUGAACACACACUCAAGGUAUAAAGCCGUUUAUUUAAUAAGGUAGUGUGUUUUACCGAUGUUAACAUUGGAGGAAGAUGCUUUAACUGAUGAUUUCUGCAGGAUGUGUUGGUAUCUCAGUGAUGGUCUUCUGUGUUUGUAACUCUGUUGGGGUGUGUUUUUGAUAACCUUGUCAGGACAUCCACAUAAAAGAGAUUUGUAAUAUCAGUGAGGCUGUCCUGGUGACAUAAAAUGUAUAUAAAUACACGAACACAUAUCAGAUUAAGGUCACUAGUCUUCUUGGACAAUCGCAGCGUCUCAAAACAAGCUGAAGAGCAUGAACUUUCACCUCAAAAAGAGGGUGAAGCAGCUGGUCAACGUGGAUUUUAUUUAAAGUUACUAUGUGGUUUAGAUUAUUUUCAUCUUAAGUGGCUGAUUGAUAUUCAUGGUGUCAUGAGUGUUAAAGGGAUAUUCCGGCGUAAAACUAGUAAGGGUCAAACACGCCAUAACACAGAGUUAGACCCCCCCCUCCAGAGAUGAAUGUUGCUGACCACUUGCUUCUCUAGUUAUACCAACUUUAGUAACGACCGUAGGAUAGCAAAACACAGCGGUCUAAGGAGCCAAACAACAAACCUCAACCAAAACGCCACUCUAUAGCCACAAAUAAUGCUCAGAACAGCACCUAACUUCAUCAACAGGACAUAUAGGGUCCCAGCCAUAGUACUAGACACCAAACAUCUUUUUAACUUUGACUAAUUUCUUUAGCAAAGAGACUAAACAUAACUCACCUACUCUCUUCCAGCAGCUGUUUGUUUGUAGAGAGACCUCAGGCCAGUCCAUUACGGACUACAGCGGGGUGACACAGCUCAAGGAAGAAUAUUUAUGAUCAUUUCUUCAUGGAAAUACAAUCAGAUUGUUUGCAAAAUCAUUAAUAUGGUAAUUAUUACUUCAAGAAAAUAAAGAAAUGAUCAUGUUACUAAAGUUGGUAUAACUGGAGAAGCAAGCAGUCAGCAACAUUCAUCUCUGGAGGGGGUAUCUAACUAAAUUAAUUUUACGUCGGAAUAUUCCUUUACGGCUGUAGAGCUACAUAUUACAAACACGAUGAAGUUUCAGUGUAAAAGUGCUCCUAAUGAAUUAUAUGGUCAUUGACUGACUAACUAUGACAUACUAACUCUUGAUGGUCUGUGUUUUUUUCACUAGAUAAACAGUUCCUGGUCUUCUUCUUCAGUCGGCUGCGCUCAAACCAGAGUGGUCGAUACGAGGAGGACUUUCCCUUUUUGUCCCUGUGUGGGAGGGAGAGGAACUUCAUUCGCUGUGACGACCGUCCUGUGGUCUUCACACACCUGGUACACAGCGAAGACAAGGAGCUGCUGUCCUACUGCGGCGGGGCAGAUAAGCUGACUAUCCCGUUCCGCCCAGAGGCCCUAUACAUGCACCCUGUCACUGGACGUGUUUACCACCCCUGCUCAGAGAGGGGAGGGGGGGUCGGUCUAGUCAGGUCAGCUCUGGCCAUUGAACUCAGCCCGUUUUUUGUUUAUGAUUCAGAGCAGGGCCAAUCAGGAGAACCCACACAUUUUCUGUGGGGAGGACAAAAACACAAACUGAGCAAUGAGCUCGCAGGGUGCCUCCCCACUGUGGAGAGUGAGCAGGGGGAACUGGGGUAAAGAUGAAGCUGCUCAGAGGUGGAGAUUUGAUUUUGAGGUACCUGUAGCAGGACAGAUUACUGUUACAGUAUCACUACUGAAAUUUGAACCCUGUUUCAAUGAUCCAGAGAGUUUAAUCUCAUAGGUUUCUAAAUACUUUUAUCAAGAACUUUGGACGUGAUCCCAAUCUUGGUUCUGGAGUGUUGGAUAAAGAUGUUACCAUAGAUUAAAUGUAUGCAAUCGAGUACUAUGGUGGAAUAUCUUUCCCUCUUUACUUCCAGUUUAUAAUCUUUAAGUAUGAUAAAUUUCUCACCCUGGCACACCGAGCCAGAGCUAAGAUGCUGAAGUCUGAUACAACAAUGGAAAAAAUAAUUCAUCAAAUGUUACGGGAGUGGAGGUGUCAGUAUUGGAAACAAAAUACAUCAGGUGUUCCAGGCGUGGAGAUGUUGGAAUAUCACAUCAACUCAUAACUCAAAAUACAUAUUUAAAGGUGCAGUGUGUAGAAUUUAGCAGCUCUUAGCAGAACGGACCGAGUGGAAACGGAAGAUAACAUUCACAAGUUUGUUUAAAUAAGUGAUUAAAAAUGUAAUUUUUUAAACUAAGAGUGAACCGUUUUCAUUUACGUAUGUGUGGACUCCCUGUCACCGAGGUCAAAUCUUGAACUGCCAUGAUUCUGUAUUUAGUGAGCGUCUGUGCAAAAUGCAGAUGAAGAAGAAGAAGAGUGUGGUUGUGUGCAAAAGAAUUUAAAUGAUAUUUCUGAUGUAACUUGAUAAAUAGAGGAUCAGACUUGUGCAGCACAGAGGCUGCCUGUCCUCAGAAACCUCCUUUACUUCAUCUAGAAAUCUUCUUUUUUUGAAUAGCAGGUAUAAAAGAAUUAAAAGUGUGUUUAUGCAAAACUUGACAACACCAUGACAAGUAAUGCAGAAUAAAUGCACCUGAAAAUGUA